CCGCUCUCUCUCAGCUUCAAAGCCCACUUCCAGUCUCUUCCAUCUUCGACGCGCUUCUUUAGCCAACCCUCUUUUCCAAACCAUCAAGAUGCAGUUCACUCUCGCUACUUUCAUCACCCUGGUCGCGGCUGUUGCUGCCAUGCCCCAGAAGACGGAGAACAACGUUAAGCAGGCGAGCAACAAGCAGGACAUCGACGUCCUCCAGAACAAGUGCGGUGACCUCAUCGUCAACUGCUGCAUCAUCCACAACAAGGAUGACCACUCCGAGAAGGGCCUGAACCUCCUCAACAACGCCCUGGGCCUCAACCCCCCCAACAACGCCUACUGCUCGCCCUACGCCAGCCAGGGUGUCAUUCCCAUCAACCUUGGCCAGCUUUUGGGCCUUGGAACCGACUCGAAGGUUUGCGACGUCCCCAACGUCACCUACGCCUGCUGCACCGAGAGCGAGUGCCACGAGAUCGGCGAGUACGAGGAGGCCAAGGAGGACGACUACUAGGCCUGAGCACCGCUCCAGCGCCCUCCACCUCACCAAACAACGCACGCAUCUGUGCCUCGGGCACGCGACGGUCAUGGUGAUUAUCCUCUGGAGGGUCGCAUCGGCGCACUGCCUACGCCUCGAUUGAUGGAGUCGGCUACGCCCUGAGCCCCAUUUUCAACAUUCGCUAUAUUCUGUUUUUGUUGUACCAUGAAAAAUUUGCCCC